CGCAGUCAGUGCGCGCUUUUGAGGCUCAAAGUGCAGUACAUUUUGCAUGCUUUCAAGAUGGCAGCCACCAUUGGAAGACUUCUCCGGACUUCUGCAACCAGAGCAGCAGUGAGUGCGCUGAGGAGUGGAACUGCAGCUCCGUCUGGGAUCAGAGCACAGAGAGCUUGCUUCUCUAUCAGUACUGCUAAAUGGGCUCCAGCAGUUACCCAGCAUGCUCCACACUUCAAGGGUACAGCUGUCCUCAAUGGAGAAUUCAAAGAGAUCAGCCUUGAUAACUACAAGGGCAAAUACCUUGUUCUGUUUUUCUACCCGCUCGAUUUUACGUUUGUCUGCCCUACGGAAAUCAUCGCAUUCAGUAACAAGGCUAACGAAUUCCGUGAUGUCAACUGUGAGGUGGUGGGUGUGUCUGUGGACUCUCACUUUACUCACCUGGCCUGGACCAACACCCCUCGAAAGAGUGGAGGACUGGGAAAAAUCCACAUCCCCUUGCUAGCUGAUCUCAACAAGCAGGUCUCCAGAGACUACGGAGUCCUACUGGAGGGGCCAGGAAUAGCACUGAGGGGGCUGUUUAUCAUUGAUCCCAAUGGCAUCAUCAAACACAUGAGCAUCAACGACCUUCCAGUAGGCCGCUCUGUUGAAGAGACACUGCGCCUCGUUAAGGCUUUCCAGUUUGUGGAGAGCCAUGGAGAGGUUUGCCCAGCCAGCUGGACCCCAAAAUCACCCACGAUAAAGCCAACACCAGAGGGGUCCAAGGAAUACUUUGAAAAAGUCAACUGAAAGGAACUCAAGCCAAAUUUGCUUCUAGUAGAUCAUAAAACAUAAUGCACUUAAUAUUUAGAUUGACUUUGAAUUGCACUACCCAAAUGGAUCACCAGAAAUUGAUUUCAGUAAUCUGUGUAAAACAUGAGCUCAUUUGUUAGUGUUGUUGCUGUGUAUACAAAUAAAAGUGACACUGUCUGGUA